GAUCUCUUGGGCAUGGAGACAAGCAACUCAAAUCAUCACCUAGUGGUUGUUAUCCAGGCCCCGUGUGCUGACUGGACACUGUCAGAGCACAGCUACAGGACUCUAAAGAGAAGUCACUGAGUUCUCCCCUCACUCAGGAUGAAACUCCUUCUGCUGGUCACUCUGCUCACAGGUGCUACCACAUCCCGAAUCAGCACUCGGGCUGGGUGGAAGUUUGGCAAUCUAUUUCAGUGCACCCUUCCUGGGAUCUUAUUUUUCCCGGGGUACAAUUACUAUGGCUGCUGCUGUAACAUUUUAUGCAGGAACAAUCGGGUGAAAGACAGGUGCUGUCAGACACGUGACAACUGCUAUGCUCAGGUCAAGAAGCUGGAAAGUUGCAAAUUCCUCAUAGACGACCCUCAAAGAAGCUUGUACACAUACUUGUGCUCUGGGAAUAAGGUCACCUGCAGUGAGGAAAACAGUGCCUGUGAGGAUUUGAUCUGCAACUGUGACCGCCAGGCCACCAUCUGCUUCUCCAAGGAGAACAAAGGCAUUCAGUGUUAGACUUGUCACCUCAGUUAUGGGUACACCAUCCCUGCCUGUCUGAUUGUGUUCACUACACACUGUACCCUCUAAUAAAGAACCCAUUAAAAGAGCUUGGAUUUGGUAA